AAGGAGAGAAGCGAAGUCCCCGCUGGUCGAAGAACAGGAUAUUUUACAGUAUUUUGUUUUUGAAAACUCCACUUCUGGGGAUAAACCGUCCAAAAAUGGAUCCGUUUACUGAGAAACUGCUGGAGCGGACCCGGGCUCGCAGAGAAAACCUGCAGAAGAAACUGGCAGAGAGACCAAAUGCAGCAAACAGAGCUAUGGCGAAAAGAUCCCGGGAGCCAUUAACUGACACUAACAGUGUGAUCAGUGAGUCUGGCACCAGUAAAGUUCCACAGCUGCCCUCCAGGCCUUCCCCUUCGAAGCGCAGGUGCUCCGAGGAAAAUGUUCAGCCUGCAGCAGAUGAGGAGAACCAGGAACCCGUAGUGACACCAGCUGGGGUUCCUGUGCUCAUAGAUCCUCCCACAGACAAGAAACCCCCGAUGGUCCCCACCAACACUCAACCUUCUCCCUCCUCUGAGAAGCCUUCAGCACAGCCUGGUGUCCAGAAGAAAGUGGAUCUGGACAUGAUUCCUGCCUCCCCAUGUCCCGAUCCUCAGACAAACAGAGAAGAACAGAUGCAAUCUUUAGAUUCAGCUCUGCAAAAGAACAAAGAGGAGCCGAUGGACAAUUCAACAUCGUCUGGUACUGGCAUGAAAUCCCGGUUCCAGAGGCUAGCAGAGCAGCGGAGGGGCUGGGAUGGUACUUCUACUGAGGUACCAGACUGCACCCCUCUGUCCUUGAAACCAGCUGAGGUCCAACCACCUGCCCUGCCAACCCCCUCUUCGGGAGCUCCUCUUGGGCGGAGAGGCAGGCUGGCUAACCUGGCUGUUACCAUCGGAUCCUGGGAGGAUGAUCUCAGCCACGCCAGUGUUCCCAAAGAGAAGCCUGGCCCUGCCCCUGUUCGGAGGUUUCCUGUCGUAGAUGCCUCUCCAGGUCCUAGCAAUCGGAGCGCUGCUGCCAGCAGUUCAGCAGGAAAGUCUGGAUCCAGCUCUGCCCCGGGCAUGCGAUUUCUACCAAAGUCUCAUCAAGCGGCUCAUCCGAGUCCCCAACAGGCUGACCCACCUGCAUCUAAAGCUGCAUGUAAACCUGCACCUGAACCGAGCUCCCAGUCAGUGCCCAGUCCUAAGAAGAUUCCUUCCACAGCGGUGUCCCACAGCCCCCAGAAGAACCAGGCCCUCUCCGGAGGUCCAAACCACAGCCCCCUGAAGAACCAGGCCCUCUCCGGAGGUCCAAACUACAGCCCCCUGAAGAACCAGCCCCCCUCCGGAGGUCCAAACCACAGCCCCCUGAAGAACCAGGCCCUCUCCGGAGGUCCAAACUACAGCCCCCAGAAGAACCAGGCCCUCUCUGGAGGUCCCCACCACAGCCCCCACAAACCCGGGCUCUGUGAGAAGCCCUCUGUCGCUGGAGCGUCGACCCAUCAGCAAAAAGUCUCUUCUGGAGCACCUGUUGUUAAAUCUUUCCUGGAGCGCUUUGGAGAGAGGUGCCAGGAGCGCAGCAAUCAGACGACAGCCAGAGCCGCCCCGGCACCCAAGACGAGUGCUGAGAGUCCAGGCGUCGCCCGGAACACCCAGCUGGUGCAGGAGAGGCUGAAGGCCGCCCAGGCUGCACACACCACCACGGCUGAGCUCACCCAGAGGCAGAAGCUGGAGCGGGAGUCUGAGCUGGCUCGGAUUCGCAGUCGUUUCCAGAAGGGGAACAAUGUCUGGGAAAACAAGGAUGAAGGAGCCAAAACGAAGACGGACAAGACGCUGGAAGAGCCUGUGCUGGAUGAGCCUGUGCAGUGUGAGCGGCAGGAUGAACCCCCCGCGCCGGUUACUGAGAGCGCAGAUACACUCCAGAGCACCUCUCCAGUGGCAGGUCCUGGGCCGGCGCACUCCCCUCCAGCCUCGGCAUCCACCCCUCUCAAGCCGGCCAGGAGCACUGAGAGGGUGACGACUGAGGAAACGUCUAGUGAAACCCCAGAGACGGAAGAAGAAAAGGAAGUGGAGAUCAACUCUAUGGUCAUCAACGAGCUGUUUGAUGGCGUCCUGGAGCAGAGCGAUGACCAGACUGUGCAGGAAGGAGAUGAAGAUGAGGAGGAAGAUGCUUUGAAUAUCUCCUCCAUGUCCCUCCUUGCGCCGCUGACGGAGACGGUGGCUGCUGUGGUGAAGAGUCCACAGAGGAGACUAGUGACAUCAACUCCAGCCAGCUCAUUCAAUGAAAAGACCAGCAUUCCACCGAAUAUCUCCAAAGCAAGCAAGUUCCAGAGAUCUACCAUGAUCCGAACUGCUUCCUCAGAGAGUCUGGAGGCCUCAGACGAGGACCCCAACCUGCCUUACAGCAUUGAUGCCUACAGAUCAACCAGGGUGAAGGAGAUGGAGAGAUCCAGUGUAAAGCAGGUCACUGUGCCAAAAGAGGAUGUUUCCCAGAGAGAUGAAGCCAGGGGUGCCAGUCUCUUCAGUCUCAAGCAGAAGACGAAGAUUUUGACCAAUGAGAUGAACCUGCAGCAGACGGUUAUCCAUCAAGCCAGCCAGGCCCUGAACUGCUGCACAGAUGAGGAGCAUGGAAAAGGAUCCCAGGUGGAAGCUGAGGCCGAGAGGCUGCUACUGGUGGCAACGGAGAAGAGGGAGCUGCUGAAGGCAGAGCUGGAGCGUCUCAGAGGAGACCCGACAGGACGGAAACGGUCUCCUGUUCUUCCCCAGUCUGACGGCGUUCCCGCCUCCAAGGGCUCCGUCACCCUCCAGGAGUUCCGCCUGCCGCUGAAGGCCGACUUCGUUUGUUCCAUCGUGAAUAAACCAGAGUCAACGAAACACUCGUUCUUCAUGCUGCUGCACGCGGGGGCGGAGCACGCCGUGGCCACGCCCCUGGCCAGCACCCACUGCGGCCUCAGCGGAGACACCCUCACCUUCCCCACCAAGUUCACUCUAUCUGACGUUUCCAGUGAUUUUGAAGUAGCGCUGGAAGUUUACUGUCUGGUGCAGAAACGAGAGCUUUGCAGUGACAAGAAGAAAAAAAGCAGCAAGUCAAAGGCCAUCACUCCAAAGAGAUUCCUUGCCAAUAAAAGUGCACACACACCAGUGAUGGCGAGUCCCGGAGGCCCCAACGCUGUUCGCACCAGUAACUUUGUUCUGGUGGGAUCCCACAAGUUCACCCUGGCCUCUAUCGGCAAGAACAAAUUCCCCUUGGAGAAGGUGCCGUUCCUGUGCCCGCUGGAAGGCCACGUGUACAUCAGGAUGCAGUGUGACGUCGGCUCCAAGGUGGAGGAGAGGGGCUUCCUGACGAUGUUUGAAGAUGUGAGUGGAUUUGGAGCGUGGCACAGAAGAUGGUGUGUGCUGUCAGGAUACUGUAUCUCCUACUGGACGUACCCAGAUGAUGAGAAGAGAAAGAACCCCAUAGGCCGCCUCAACCUGAGCAGCUGCACCAGCAGGUCGGUGGAACCCGCCAAGAGGGAGUUCUGUGCUCGACCCAACACCUUUGAGCUCAUCACAGUCCGACCGCAGAGAGACGAGGACAAAGAGACGCUGGUCAGUCAGUGCAAGAACACCAUGUGUGUCACCAAAAACUGGUUAAGUGCCGACACCAAGGAUGAGAGGAAUCUGUGGAUGAAGAAACUGAACCAGAUUCUGGUGGACCUGCGCAUGUGGCAGCCGGAUGCCUGUUACAGGCCGCAGUGAGCAGCGCCGUGCUGCAGCCAGCGACGUGCAAUAAACUCUGACCCUCGUUGGAAGGUUCUGAGACACUUGGCAGGAGGAGCAAUGAAAAGAAAGAAGGAUAAAGCCAUACAUUUGAGACAUUUCACAGUGCUUUUCUGUUUAAGAGCUGGGCUUAACGCUAUAUAUUUCACACAUUUCCAGCUCGGUUUCUCAUGAU